AGAGAGAGAGAGAGAGAGAGAGAGAGAUCAAUGGCGGGGGCUGUGAUGAACGUCGAAGGAGGGACUUCGUUCCCUGCGAAGACGACGUGGCAAGUCAUCGUCUGCAGUAUCAUUGCUGCUUGUGGAGGUCUCAUGUUCGGUUACGACAUCGGAAUCUCAGGUGGAGUGACGAGUAUGGACAGUUUCUUGAUAAAGUUUUUCCAUACCGUGUACGAGAAGAAACACAGGGCACACGAGAACAACUACUGCAAAUUCGACAACCAGCUUCUGCAGCUGUUCACAUCUUCUCUGUACUUAGCCGCCAUUUUUGCCAGCUUUGCUGCUUCCAUUGUCUGCAGAAAGUGUGGAAGAAAGCCGACCAUAACAUUGGCCUCUUGCUUCUUUCUCGUCGGUGCCGUCCUCAACUUUUUCGCCCGUAAUCUCUACAUGUUGAUCGGAGGCAGGAUUCUUCUUGGCUUCGGCAUUGGGUUUGGCAACCAGGCCGUACCACUAUUCAUCUCAGAAAUAGCGCCGGCAAAGUACAGGGGAGGAUUGAACAUUAUCUUUCAGUUUCUAAUCACCGUCGGCAUCCUCGUCGCCAGUAUCAUAAACUUCUUCACCUCCAAACUGGAAGACGGUUGGAAAUACUCCCUCGGUGGAGCAGCGGUCCCGGCCUUAAUCCUCUUGUUCGGAUCCUUUUUUAUCUAUGAAACGCCCGCAAGUCUCAUCGAGCGUGGCAAGGAUAAGAAGGGUCUUAAGGUUCUGAGAAAGAUCAGAGGGGUCGAGGACGUGACCCUCGAGUUCGAGGAGAUCAAACGAGCCACCGAGUUGGCGAACCAGGUGAAGCAGCCCUACAGACAGCUCUUCAAACGUCAGAACUUGCCGCCUUUUCUCUGCGGAACGAUCCUUCAGUUCUUCCAGCAGUUCACAGGGAUCAAUGUCGUCAUGUUCUAUGCCCCUGUCCUGUUUCAGACAAUGGGUUCUGGUAGUGACAGUUCCCUCAAAUCUGCGGUCGUGACCAACUUGGUCAACGCUCUCGCCACCAUCAUAGCCAUCUGUUGCGUGGACAGGGUCGGAAGGAAGGCCCUUUUGAAAGAAGGAGCGGCUCAGAUGACCAUUACUCAGUGCAUCAUAGGAGCCAUCCUCUUCACCCACUUGAAGGUGGUGGGACCGAUCGGGAGCAAGUACGCGCUAGUGGUGCUGAUACUGAUCUGCGCGUUUGUGGCCGGGUUCGCAUGGUCGUGGGGCCCGCUCGGGUGGCUCGUGCCGUCUGAGAUAUACCCACUGGACGUGAGGACGGCAGGGUUCUUCUGCGCGGUGGCCAUGAACAUGCUCUGCACCUUCAUCAUCGGGCAGUUCUUCUUGUCGAUGAUGUGUGCCUUCAAGUCCUUCGCCUUCUUCUUCUUCGGAUUCUGGAAUCUCGUCAUGGGGAUCUCCGUCUGGCUCUUCCUUCCUGAGACCAAAGGCAUCCCCGUUGAUGAAAUGGCCGAAAGGGCUUGGAAGAAGCACUGGCUCUGGAAGAAAUUCUACUGAGUCGUUAUCUUUUUUUUUUUUUU